AAAAUUUUCUGUAAUUUCAGUCGUCAAAUUCGCCGUCGCCGUCCGCCGUCGCCGAGUUCGUGCACCGUGUGUGUUUUCAAUCGUGUUUGCAUCGUUUAUCCGCAAUAAAAGAAAAGAAAAAAAAGUUUUAAUUAAUAAUAAAACACUAGCAAAAAGCCAAACUAAAAGAAAAAGCAUGGCAUCCGACAUUGAAAUUGUUAAUAUCUCUAAUUUUGAGAAGAUUCAAAACUUCCUCAACGACUCGGCGUACAAAGAAAUUCUAGAGAACAGCGAAAACUUUAAUACACGCCUCUGCAUUGAGCGGCGCCUCCGGAUGCCAUUUCUCGAUCCCCAAACGGGCGUUGCACAAACCCAUUGUGCUUUGUUUAUGAAACAAAAACAACGAAUGCCCGGAUUCCGUGAUGGCCAAAUUUAUACGUAUCCGUCAGCGCGAUGGCGUAAACCAAAACGUCAAUAUUUGCUCCAUCACCAGAGCUACAAGGCGUACCAGUUUAGGGAGAGCCAAACGCAUAACCAUCAUCAUUAUCAUCCAACAGUGCAGCAAUCGCAGCAGCCCUCGUCUCAGCAGCAACAGCAAUCACAACAGCAACUUCAAGCAUCAUCCGACAGUACAGGGUCUGUAAUACAACCUGAUGGCAACUCACUUGGAGCAACCGCUGACAACGACAGCAAAGAUGGUCACCCAAUGCCGGAAAAAGAAUGGUUCUACGAAGACUUGGAACUCUCCCAUGUCGAUGAAUUCGAAGAAGACUUUGAUUCAGAUGCCGAUUUUGAUGAUUCGUACAGCAAUCGCAAACGAAAGCGUGCCAAGCCAACAAAGAAACCUCCAGCAAAUCCUGAUGCUACCCCUAAACGAGGACGUAAAGGAGGACGACGAAAGGUCAAUACUGACGGAGAGCAGCCAAAAAGACGUUCAAAUGCCAUUGCAAGUGCAUCCUCUUUUAACACAAACUCAUGCGCUUCACCGCUUAGCAAUCUGGACGAUCAACCGUUGUCUAUGCUAACGUCGGCUGAUAAAAUGCCCUCCGAAGAAGCCGAAUCAAGUCCGAAAAAGGGAACUCCAGCAGGUGGUGUUGCAGUUGGUGUUAGUAAAAUGAGGACUGAGCGCGACACGACUGCACAUCCAUCGCCAUAUUGCGACUUUUGCUUAGGCGACGCACGUGAAAACAAAAAGACAAACCUGCCCGAAGAACUUGUCUCGUGCUCUGACUGCGGUCGUUCUGGUCACCCGACCUGCCUUCAGUUUACCCCGAACAUGAUUAUUUCUGUGAAGCGCUACCGAUGGCAGUGCAUAGAAUGUAAAUACUGUUCGAUAUGUGGCACCUCCGACAAUGACGAUCAGCUGCUCUUCUGUGACGACUGCGACAGAGGAUAUCACAUGUAUUGUCUCUCUCCACCGCUGAUAACACCUCCCGAAGGAUCAUGGAGUUGUAAGCUUUGUCUCGAUGAGUUCCACAGUGGUGAGAAGUAAGCUUCCCAGCAUUCAUCGUAUCCAUCGACUUAUUACUUGUUUAUUAUUUUGUUUCUUUUUAAUUUGUUUGUUUCUUUUACAUGUAAGGUACUUGUAGCAUAAAGUAUAAAGUGUAUGUAUAGUGUAUGCACGCAUAUUGCGUGAUUUUAUUUUAUUGUUUUAAGUUUAUUAUUAUUUUUUUUACUAUGUACGUAUUAAUAUUAUCUUUAAACCAUUUUAAAUUUUAAGAUAUAAAUCAUAAGAUUAAGACAAAAGUAACUAGAAAAGAAAACAAAAAAGGCAGCGCGUUAUUCACAAAACGCUUUCAAUAGAACAUAAGAAUUGUAUUCAACUAAAACAAAAUUAAAAUUUAAACAAAAAGAAAAA